AAAAAAAAAAACUGAUUUGGCCACAAAAAUGGAGAGAGUAUUGAAACAAUUAAUUUGAACUUGGCCAGCUUACUGUCAUUUCAUAUUCACAAAUUAUUGCAAUUGUAUGAAAUAUCAGAAGAUGAUGUCUAAUUGGAGCAGUUGGUCUCUGAUAGGACUGUAAGUAACUGCCCUUAUGUGACGAAGCCCAGGGGUAUGAGAGAAACCACACAGUAGGGCGUUCUGUAAAGUUGUGGUGCAGAGACACUUUACAGCAAGUCUCUGGCUGAUCCUGAUGUUACGCCCAUUGCAGGUUGCCACCAUUUCCGACCAAAAUUGGAUUACCAUCGCCCUGUUCUAGCUGUUCCUGCAGCGAGUACAGAGUAGAGGGGAAAUUUUCAGGGUUAGUAAAACAACCGUCCAUCAACGUUUAUGCUGUACGCAUAGCAAUCUGAGAAAAAUGUAUGUGCCGUUAUAUCAUGCUGCCAAAUGUAGCUGAGGCCAAUGAAAUUACACACUGCAAUUCCUUGGUGCACCUUGUGCCACAGGUUUACAGUGCCCUUGAUGGCAUGCACAUCCCCAUUGUUGUCCAGACACAGCUGUGUUUACAAGCAUCAGAUCUGUAUAGUUAAGCCUAACCUAAUCUCUGUAAAUUCUGUCAUGUGACACUAUAUUUUGGUGUUAAUGCCAUUGUUCCUGACAAAAAGUGUUUCCAAAUUAGUUUUCGUGACAUUUGGAGUAUUGACAUGGAAUUUAUAUGCUAAAGUUAAACAAAAAUAUGUCAGGGCCUGGCUGUAUUGACGUUGACUACCACCCCUGGAGUUGCAAGUUUGAAUCCAGGGUGUGCUGAGUGACUCCAGCCAGGUCUCCUAAGCAAACAAAUUGGUCCGGUUGCUAGGGAGGGUAGAGUCACAAGGGGUAACAUCUUCAUGGUCACGAUUUGUGGUUCUCUCUCUCAAUGUGGCGUGUGGUAAGUUGUGAGUCGCGGAGAGUAGCAUAAGAUUACAUAUGCACUGCAAGCCACGUGAUAAGAUGCACGGAUUGACAGUCUCAGAAGUGGAGGCAACUGAGAUUUGUCCUCCGUCACCCGGAUUGAGGUGAGUAACUGCACCACCUCGAGGACCUAGUAAGCAGUGGGAAUUGGGCAUUCCAUAAUUGGGUAGAAAAGGGGAAAAAAAUAUGUCGACACUUUUAAAAUCUUAUUGAUAAUUUGUAUGUCCAUCAGCUAUACCGGCAAACAUUUUGAUGCGCUAAACCUUUGCAACAAAUUCCUUGGAUGAAAACAUAGUUAUUGUUUAUUUUGAUUUCAUUCACCGAUUCUUUCAUUGACCAUUUCUGGAGAUUGUGCAUUUGUUCGGUUAGAUGGUGACAAAUGAGCAUCUUGAUGUUAUGAGUGAGUCAUUAAAUCAUUUACUCAACUGAUUUGUUAAACCAUGCACUGAAACAAUGGAAGUGCAUGAGAAGGUAGGUAAUUCAUUUAGGAACUAAACACCCCUAGUUCAAAACUGAGUAAGAACAGAGAGCGAGUUGCGUUUGAUGCUUUGGCUUUUUAUUUUUUUUUGCUGCCAGAGAAGAAAUGUAUGAACUACCUGACAAAUUUUCUACCUUAAAUGUAAAUUAUUUAACAACAACAGUACUCCUGCGCCUGUGAUAAUGCUUAAUUAGCUGUCUAAAUCAGUGUUUUGAAAUUAAAAAAUGUAGUUGAAUGUACAUUUUUAGAUGGAUAUAAGAAUUUUAUAUUAAAUAUACAUUUUAUAAACCCUUGGAAGGUGUAACUUUGUUGAAUAUAGUCAAUGCCAUGAUCUGAGUUUUCAGUAAUAUGUAGCCAAGAUAGUGUGUGAUUGGACCUGCUAAUCUCUACUCUCAGAACUGCCACAUUCCUCUGGGAGGGGUGUGUGUGUGUGAGAGCGAGGGAGAGAGGGAAGGCGAAUGAAUAGGUGUGGUGUACUAUGGACCUGUGAAUGCCUCCUUUUUAAAAGAUCUCUUGCUGUGUUGGAUCUCACAAGCGUUGUUCCUGUGCUCGAUGAUUUUAUGAAGAAAUAAGAUAGGUUACUAGAAUUAGUGGUCUACAAUGGCAAAAUGAGUUUAACCAAAUUCACAAACAUUGGAUUGGAGCUGCAAGAAGGUGUCCAGAAUACUGCCUUUCAAGAGGAUGUUGAGGGUGAUACAUCUGUUGCAUCAAGUUCUCGAGAGCAUGACACCACAAGCAUCUCAGUCAAUGGCCCAGAAGAGAGCGCGUACACUCAAAUCAAACCAUAUGCUGGAAUGCCCAAAGAGGUACUCAUGUUACACUCAAGCCAAGCUUGCUACCGGGUACCUCGUGAGAUUUUGUUCUGGCUGAUCAUUGCAUGCACCCUGGCCCUUAUCGCCAUGACCAUUGCGAUCGUGGCACUGUCACCUCGAUGCCUUAGCUGGUGGCAGGUAUCUCCAGUCUAUCAGGUUUACCUGCGAUCCUUCAAAGAUUCAAAUGCUGAUGGCAUUGGAGACCUCAAAGGAAUAAAGGAGAAACUGAGUCAUUUUGAGUACCUGAACAUUAAAGCAAUCUGGAUCAGUCCUUUCUACAAGUCUCCUAUGAGGGACUAUGGAUAUGAUGUGGAAGAUUUCAGGCAAGUUGACCCUCUUUUUGGAACCAUGGAAGACUUUGAUGACCUCUUGGCAAGCAUGCAUGACAAAGGUCUAAAGCUUAUCAUGGACUACAUCCCUAACCAUACCAGUGACAAGCACAUCUGGUUUGAACUUAGUCGGAAUGGCACUGAGCUCUAUAAAGACUACUAUAUCUGGGUUAACUGCACAAAGGACAAACCUCCAAACAACUGGAUAAGUGUUUUGGGGAAUUCCUCCUGGGAGUAUGACGAAAUGAGAAAACAGUGCUAUUUCCACCAGUUCCUCAAGGAACAGCCAGACCUCAACUACCGUAACCCCCAUGUUAUACAGGAGAUGACGGACAUAAUCCAUUUCUGGCUGCAGAAAGGGGUGGAUGGGUUCCGAAUGGAUGCUGUGAAACACAUGCUUGAAGCCACGCAUUUGAGAAACGAACCCCAGGUUGAUCCAGACCAAGAUCCAUCAACUGUAGACACUGAGUUUGAGCUGUACCAUGAUUAUACCUAUUCACAACCGGGGCUUCAUGAGAUCCUUACCAACUGGAGGGUAGAGAUGGAUACCUACAGUAGAGAGCCUGGGCGUCACAGGCUCAUGGUGAUAGAGAGUUAUGACUAUGAAGAAAUCGAAAAAACCAUGAGGUACUAUGGCACACGGUAUGCAACGGAAAGCGAUUUCCCCUUUAACUUCUAUCUGCUGUAUCUUCAUGAUGGCUUGUCAGGAAAUAAAGCCAAAGGACUGGUUGAUUUUUGGAUGUCAAACAUUCCAGAGGGCAAAUGGCCAAACUGGGUGGUGGGAAACCACGACAAGCCACGCAUAGGCUCAAGUGCAGGUAAGGAAUAUAUACGUGCUAUAAACAUGCUGUUGUUAACACUACCUGGAACUCCCACAACAUACUACGGAGAGGAGAUUGGCAUGACGAAUGUAAAUGUAUCUGUCAUUCAGGACCCUUUCGGAAAGUUCAAUCCAAACAACAGUCGGGACCCACAGCGUACACCAAUGCAAUGGAGCAAUAAACUCUAUGCUGGCUUUAGUGACAGUGAAACCGGCACGUGGCUAGACAUCGCUCCAGACUACACAACUGUCAACGUGGAGGUUCAACAGGCUGAUCCCAAUUCAAUAGCUUCACAGUAUCGUACUCUAAGUUUGCUCAGAGGGGCUGAGCUCGCCCUGAGCCGAGGCUGGUUCUGCUACGUCCGGAGUGAUGCUAAUGUAUUCGCUUAUUUGCGUGAGAUGGAUGGGUACAAGAAAGCCUUCUUGGUUGUUCUAAACUUUGGCAAGGAUACUGAGACAGACCUCUCUUCGAUUAGUGAGCUGCCAGAUGUCUUUACUGUACAUUUAAGUACAGUACCAUUAAGCCAAAAAACGUUCUCCAAAUCCAGCAUUACAACAUUUAAAGGGCAAGGAUUGCUACUGGAAUAUUCCAGCAAUAGGCGAUUCCACCCUAACCAUGCAUCUGAGUGUUUUGUUUCUGAGAAAGCCUGCUACAUGGAUGUACUAGAUAUUCUGUACAGGUGCUGAAGAUAAUUUCUAUAAGAUUCA